AUGUCGUCACUUCGAUCAUUUUUUAAUUCUAGAAGAGCACAAAGGAAUUUUAACAACAAAACUGAACGCAUCACUUUGUCAGAUAAUACAAAACAUGUUGCUGUACAAGCUCCACAACCUGUGUACGAUUCUCUUCCUAAAUCUGCCAACACCACAACAAUUAUCGUUAAAAAGAAAUCGAUGGAAUCAAAACAAAACAGCAUUUUGAAUUAUUUAUCAUUUAAAAAAAAUACUAAUGUUGUUGAUAAAAAUGAAUCAGAGGAUAUCCAGAUUUGUAAAAUUAGAAAAAGCAUUCCCAUGACAAAUAUAUGGAAUAUUAUUAUGGAAGAAUUUGAUUCUCAAUCACAAACCAACCAAUUACAUGGAACACCCAUACCGAGUGAAGAUGAAGAAGACAUCUUGGAGGAUAUAGAAGUAGGAACUACAGCACUAUCAAAUAAAAGAAUUAGAAAACAAGAGAACAUGUCUAGAAAUGUAAGAACUCGUAACAAUGCAGAAUUGUCAAUAAAUACGUAUGAUCAAGAUGAUUAUUUAAUUGAUGAUGUAGAGGAAAAUCUUUCAAGACCUUUACGAUGUAAACGCAACUUGGAAGAAACUAAUGCAUUUUUAUUACACAUUGCUGAUGAAUUCUUGGCUUUAUCAGAUAAUCGAUGUUUUCAAAUCAAAGCCUGUUAA